GCCGCCGUCAUUACAAAUCAAAAUUUACCUGUUGUUUACCUUCCUGGUGGGUUUAUUGAAGAAAGGAAAUAUCUACACUCAUUUCGCUCUUUUGACGCAGUAGCUCAGCAGAUAUUAAGCGUUUUAAAUGGCGUUGUCAACGCCAGUUUGCGGUGUAUGUGAUCUCCGCAAUAUCUCAAAACCACCUAUAACCUGGUGUAAUGAAUGUGACGAAGGACUUUGCGUCGAUUGUCAAGACCAUCACAGUCUGUCAAAAGGAACACGACAUCAUAAUACUACACCAAUUACCGAAUACCUGAAGUUACCAAGUGAUAUUCUUCAAAUCACUGAAAACUGUGACAAACAUAACGAAAGGUAUGUGAUUUACUGUAAAAAGCAUGAAUGUCCUUGCUGCAGUAGUUGUAUCGUAGAAAAUCAUAGCGAAUGUCGAGAUUUGGCCAAAUUGGCUGAUAUAGUCCAAAAUAUUAAAACGUCGAACGCCUUCUAUGAGAUCGAACAUUCGUUGACCGAACUCGCAGAAAACAUCAAAACAAUUCGACAAAACCGACAAAACAAUCUGAAGACGUUGUCUGAGAAGAAAAUGAAGAUUCUACAAGAAAUCAAAGAAACCAGGAAUAGAAUCAACAACCAUUUAGACAAAAUACAAGAUGACACAAUAAAUACAUUGAAUUUAACUGAGGAAAAAGAAAGCAGGCAAAUUGAAGUGUUACUGACUCAAUUAAAGGGGAAAGAAAAUGAAGUGUCUAAAUGCCAGAGAAACAUGGAGAAAAUCAGGCAACAUGCCACAGAUCUUCAGACAUUUGUUUCUAUGAAGCAGCUGGAAAAAAAUAUCUUAACUGAAGAACAACUCCUGCGGUCCAUGGUCAAAACACGAACAAGUAAAGAAAGUCGGUUGUCCUAUCAGGUCAAUACUGCCAUACAAAAGUUUAUCACCGAAAUCCAGAGUUUUGGGGAAGUUAAAAUGCAGACAAAACCUUGUGCUGUCGAACUGACAUGGAAAAAAGAAAAACAAGCCCAAAUCAUAGUACCGCGAAUCUUAUCUAGGUCAAUUGAAAAUAUCACUCUGAGGCUGCAUAAAACUAUAAAUUCUAUAGGAAAUAAUAUAAUGGGCUGUUGCACGUUACCAGAUGGUAGAAUUGCGUUUACGGAUUAUAGUUACAGCACUGUAAGAAUAUUCAACAGUGAUGGAUCAAAAGAUUUUGAAGUGAAAACACCGAACUGGGCAUUCGACAUAGCGUACUCAGGAGGAGACAAUACUUUGGCUGUUACAUCAGGACCUUCACGAAAGUUCCUUGAGAUAAUCGACUUACAAAACAAGAAAAUAAAGGAAAGCAUAUCUAUUGAUUAUGAUUAUUAUGGCAUAGCGUUGAGAGAUAACAAAUUUAUUUGUUCUGCAGCGGGAAAAGGAAUACAGCUAACCAAUCUGCACAACAAUUCAACAAUUGAUUUAGUACAAACAAAACUACCUCCCUUUUGUUACGUUGCAUCAUUUGGGGAUAAAAUUUAUCACACAGACUACAAAUCUAGUUCCGUGACAUGCAGUGAUCUGAAAGGUACAGCACUGUGGUCAUUUAAAAAUGAAAGCGCAUUGAAGAACCCACUUGGUCUCUCUACAGAUAACUACGGUAAUGUGUACGUAGUAGGGGAGUCGUCUAAAAAUGUAGUAGUUAUAUCUGCUGAUGGACAACAACACAAGGAAAUACUUACAGCCAGUCAUGGUUUUUCAGAUACAACGACUCUUAGUUUUAAUAGAAGUUCAAAUCAGUUACUAGUUGCAAAUAGAUAUGACAAAGCAAUUCUUUUUUCUCUGAAUUGAUUAUUAAUCCUUACUGACAAUACAUGUACACAGUGCGCGUGUAGACUUUUGUAUCCAUCAUUGCGAAGUUUCAUAUAGAAAAGAUAUGUUUCACCCAAAAAAAUUUAUAAAAAGAAUCGAUUGUACUUUUUGUUGUACUUAAAAUACAAGGUGAAAACCUUGCUAACUAAUUUCAUAAUUCAACACAUUGAAAGAAUUUUGUUUUUCCAAAAAUAACACAUACAAUGUAAUAUACUUUUAGAAGAGUGUGAAUAACACUUUAACUAUGUCACCUUCUAUUGUGAAAAAUAAACUGUCAAUAUAUAUUAAUGAUUUGGUAGUCUUUUAUCAUUUGAGUUAAGUAUAUAACACUGGCAAUACAGCUUCAAUUGUGUUUAUAUAUAUAUCAUGUUUGUAAUUAAUUGAUAGAAUUUUGACAGCGGAAAUGCACAUAUCGCUACUUGAUUAAUAUCGUCAUUUUAUUUUAUCAUAUAUAGAUUUAUUUCAAUAAAGAUUAGGAUGUU